UUGGCCCACAGCGGGAGCGUCCAUCAUGUUGUUGCCGCUGCCAUUUGCAGGGGGUUGAGAGAACUCGCCAGGAGACGACUGGUCACUUCCAACAUGCUCCAGAAAACUGCAACAGUUUCCGGUCAUGCCAAGAGGAGUGGUGUGAUUAUUUAAGAAAACUUCAGCGUGCCAAAAUGCAGGACCCCAACGAGGACACCGAGUGGAAUGACAUUUUGAGGAAAAAAGGGAUACUUCCACCGAAAGAAGUCCCGAAAGAUGACGACGAGGAGGAAGAGUUGGCUCUCCAGCAGCAGUCUGUCGUGAAAACAUACGAAAACAUGACGCUGGAGGAGCUGGAGGAGAAUGAAGACGAAUUUGAAGAGGACGAUGAAGCCGCCGUUGAAAUGUACAGACAAAAGCGUCUGGCCGAGUGGAAGUCCUCACAGAUGAAGAACAUAUUUGGGGAACUGACAGAAAUCUCUGGUCAGGAUUAUGUCCAAGAGGUGAAUAAGGCGGGAGAAGGCAUCUGGGUGGUGCUGCAUCUCUACAAGCAGGGCAUCCCCCUAUGCGCCCUGAUCAACCAGCACCUGAGCGUGCUGGCCCGCAAGUUCCCUCAGACAAAGUUCCUCAAGUCCAUCUCCACCACCUGCAUCGCCAACUACCCCGACAGAAACCUGCCCACCAUUUUUGUCUACUGCGAGGGCAACAUGAAGGGACAGUUUAUAGGGCCACUAGUCUUCGGCGGCAUGAACCUCACGGUAGAAGAGCUCGAGUGGAGGCUGUCCGAAUGCGGCGCCGUCAAGACGGAUCUGGAGGAGAACCCCCACAAGCAGAUCCGCGAUGAGAUGAUGUCCUCCAUCAGGUGCUCUCUCCCCACGCGUAACCACAGCGACGACUCGGACGAAGAUUGACACCUCUACUGCCCACACGUUUUUUAAAUUAACACAUUUCAUACCUUAUUUAAGUCGUCUGCUGAAACCUCUGCCGGCCGGGUUAACGAUCAUGUGCUCGGUCAAAUCGACGUUGAACAACUAUCUUUUUACCUAUAUUGACUUACAAGAAACUUUUUUGAUCAAUACAUUUCAAUAGUGUCAAAAACUCUGUAUUUUUAAGUCGCCUUUCCAGGCAGCGAUAACUCUCGGUCCACUCGAGUGUAAUUAAAGAAAAUACAUUGGCAGGUUGUUAAACUUGUCAUCAUGGAGACCUUCAAUUUGAAAUGAGCCAACCUCUACCAGGGAAACAAUCAUGCAUGUAAGCCUUUGCGUUGAAAUAAAAGCCAAAGUCAGUCAUA